AUAAUCUAACGUGUUCAUAGAUAAAAUUUCUAUAACAUUAAAUUAUAAGCUAAUUAGCAUUGAACAUUAUCGGAACAGUUGUGAGGACGUCUCUAGCUUCGAUAACGAGAGUUUCAUGGUAGUUAAUUAAUAGACAAGCGGUUUAAAAACAAUCAUGAAAAUGAGAAAAGAUCCAGUUAAUGUAUGGAGUUGGUGUAUUAACGUGACAAUAAACGUGUUAACUCGUAUCAUACUUAUCAUAAUAACAGACGUUUUGUAUCAUUCGUUUGUGUUGGCGGAGAUUUUGUUGAAUAAUUCUAGUUUCUUAUAUCCGGAGUGGAUCUCCCUUGCGUUUAAUAGUAUUGGUGACAAUGUGAACAAAGUAACGUUUGUUAUGUUCAAUGUAAUCACAUCGAAGGUCGUGAUGCUGAACGGUUUCAUGAGGAGAUGUCUCCGCUUCCUGGUGUCCCUCCUGGCCAUCUUCGUCCUUCCAACCACAUAUAUAGUUAACAUCAAGCGAAACAGAAAAUGUCCUCCACCAACCAACCCCAUACUGUACAAAUCCGCCACUACCCUGGCCAUGAUGAUCAGAACUAAACAAAUCACAUCAGAAGAGGUGGUGAAGUCCUAUAUUGAAAGAUGUAAAGAAGUUAACCCAUACUUGAAUGCUAUCGUUGAACCACGGUACGACCUAGCUUUGAAAGAGGCGAAAUGCAUCGACAAAAUGAUAGCAUCCAACGACCGCACCCCAGAAGACCUGGCCAAAGAACAUCCUCUUUUGGGAGUUCCUUUGACGGUCAAGGAGAGCAUUGCUGUUGAAGGGAUGAGCAACGACUGCGGCACGAUACACCACAAGCGUCAACCUGCUACGCGAGACGCUGACGUGGUCCGCGCAGUACGAGCUGCUGGCGCUGUGAUAAUAGCUGUCACUAACACGCCCCAGCUGUGCAUGAACUGGGAGACAUACAAUAACGUCACCGGACUCACAAUGAACCCGUACGACCAGAGGCUAACCACUGGCGGAUCCUCUGGUGGAGAGUCUGCAUUAAUUUCGUCAGCAGCUUCAGUAAUUGGAAUGGGUUCUGAUAUCGCAGGUUCGCUUCGGCUUCCACCUAUGUUCAAUGGAAUUUUUGGACAUAAACCUACUCCGAAACUUAUAUCUAUCCAGGGUCACGUUCCAGAUUGUUUAGAAUCUGAAUUCGAGGAAUACUUCGCUCUCGGACCCAUCACGAGAUACGCUGAAGAUCUGUCUCUAAUGUUAAAAGUCUUAAGACAACCUAAUGGUCCUGAUGUACCAUUGGACAAACCUGUGGAUCUCACACGUUUAAGGUUCUAUUACAUGGAAGGUGACUGCAGCAAUGUCACUGAUAACAUUGGUUCGGACAUGAAAAAAGCCCUUUACAAAGCCAAAGACUACAUUAAGUCUACUUAUAACGUAGAAGUUGAAGAGCUCAAAAUACCAAACAUAGAACAUAUGUGGGAGAUAAGUGUGAGGGUUUUACUGAAGGUGAAUCACGUACAGAACAUCUAUACAGACCCGGAAAAAAGAGACCAGUGGGUAUCAGUGUGGCCCGAGGUGUUGAAGAAGAUGGUAGGCAUGUCGGAUCAUUCGUUCACGUCAGUUUUCUAUGGACCAGUCAAGAAGUUCUUUGAUGCUUUACCAAACAGCUAUUAUGAGCAGCUGCUAAAGGUUUUCGAACAAGUUAAGACUGAUUUCAGCGAAGCUCUAUCUGACGACGCUGUGUUACUGUUUCCGACAUAUCCCUACCCGGCUCACAAACAUUACAGAAUAUUCUACAGAUUCUUGAACUGCGGCUACCUAACAAUAUUCAAUGUUUUAGGACUACCCGCUACUGCUUGUCCUUUAGGUCUAUCAGAUAAGGGUCUUCCUGUAGGAAUACAAGUUGUUGCUAACAAAUGCAAUGAUCAUCUAACACUAGCAGUGGCGAAAGAAUUCGAAAAGGCUUUUGGCGGCUGGUCGCCCCCCAAUAAGGAUCUUUUAAACAGUGUAAAAACUGCGUGAAAAAUAAUAAUCUGAGAUAUUUUGUGAUUGUAUUUUAGUGUGUAUAUAAUCCAAACUGUAAAUAAAAUUAAUUAUUUUACUUAUAUAUAGAAAUAAAAUAUUUUUUUACACUUUGCGGA